AUGUCAGAAGAAAAGAUAUUAAACGACGUGUCAGAGUCAGAAGACACUGGCUACUUAGAAUCGUAUAUCCGAUUUAAUGAUGAUUUGGAAAAGGACUACUGUUUCCAAGUUAAGGUCGACAAGAGAUAUAAAGAUUUGCUUGCAAUUUUCAGCUCGUUACCAAUUGCUUUAAGACCAAAUGUCUUCUAUCAUUCCAAACCAAUUGGAUUUAACGUUUCAACUUCUCCUGGAUAUUUAACUGAAGAUGGUUCGUUGUUGUUCAGUUACGAAACGGGGAUGGCAAAAUUCUUGAAAAGGGUGUCAUUGGACGAUAAAAUCGCCGACACCAUCUGGCCAGGUCAAUUAAUUCUUCCAGUUUGGGAGUUUAACCCAUUUGCGUUCUACUCGUUCAUUGCGUUUUUGAUAUGUUGGUUAUACACUGAUUUGCCGGACUUCAUUUCACCAACUCCAGGUAUUUGCUUGACUAACUUCAUGACUCGUAGAGCUGGGGAAUUAGCCACAUACAUCGGUCAACACAGAUUAGCCAAUGCUUUGAUUGUUGAUCUUGAGGAACCAGUUGGAGUCAUUGGCCAGUGUUUAUUUUUUGUCUUCCACGUCAUCAAGGUGUUGGUCAUAUUCUUGGUUUUCCACUUAGGUACGUUCAAUCCAAUCCGUAUGAACAGAUUCUCAGGUGCCAAGGUUCCAUCUGAUAUCUCCAAGGAACAAUUGAUCGAAUUAGGCUGGACCGGUUCCAGAAGAGCCACUCCAGACGAGUACAAGGAAUACUACAGAGAUUACAAGAUCAAAGAACACGGUGGCAUGAUCCAAGCCCACCAAGCAGGCUUAUUCGACACCUUGAAGAACUUAGGAGUCUACUUGGGCGAAGGUGAAGGUUUCAACACCCCAAUGGACUCCAAGACCACUAUUGCCGACUUGUGCAACGAGGAAAACGACAAGUUUACCUUAUCGUACGACUAUUUGGCUCAAUUGGGCGGCUUUUUCGCCAACUACAUCGAAAAGGAAGGCAUCGACUUGCCAGAAACCAUCAAACAAUUCAGAAGGUUCGGUCUCUUGCACUCCUCUGACUCCGUCAAAAAGGCCGUCAAGCAAAGAAAAAUUUUCGGUGAUUCCAAAAUCAAUAAAUAG